GACCAUAACCACAUUAACUUCUAGCACCAACCACAAGGUAGCUCUUAUAACUCUUCAUUCAACUUGGCUUCCACAAAACAACCAGGCACUUUUAUUACCCUUGCAAUGGUGGCAGAGUACUCUUAAAUAUCUAAGGCACCCGAACAUACAAAUCACAAUACAAUAAUAAAGCAUGAACCCCUAUUAAAUUCUCUCCACCCAUCUUUCUCCCUUAGAAAACUCAAUGACUAAAAAACCAUAGUUUUCUUCUUCCUAGCACGUAAAAAUGUUCAUGAGUCCAAUCACUCCAAUGGAAAAGAUGGUUCUCAUUCUAGCUAGCUAUCUCCUCUUGAGUACACUCUUUUCUGCUAAUGCUGAAUUUGUCAAGAAGACUUACAUCAUUCAAAUGGAUAAGUCAGCAAAGCCCGACACCUUCUCCAAUCACCUCGAUUGGUAUUCAUCAAAAGUGAAAUCAAUUUUGUCCAAAUCAGUAGAAGCUGAGAUGGACAAGGAAGAGAGAAUCAUUUACACUUACCAAACUGCUUUCCAUGGAGUGGCUGCCAAGUUGAGCCAAGAAGAAGCUGAGAAGCUAGAGGCAGAAGAAGGUGUUGUGGCCAUAUUCCCUGAUACUAAGUACCAACUACACACCACAAGAAGUCCAACUUUCCUUGGACUUGAACCAACACAAAGCACCAACAACGUGUGGUCAGAAAAGCUAGCCAACCAUGAUGUCAUAGUGGGAGUGCUAGACACUGGGGUUUGGCCUGAGAGUGAGAGCUUCAAUGACACUGGCAUGAGACCAGUACCUUCUCACUGGAAAGGUGCAUGUGAGACUGGUAGAGGCUUCAGAAAACAUCACUGCAACAACAAGAUUGUGGGGGCAAGAAUGUUCUACCAUGGAUAUGAAGCAGCAACUGGUAAAAUUGAUGAGCAAGCAGAAUACAAAUCACCAAGAGACCAAGAUGGUCAUGGCACUCACACUGCAGCUACAGUUGCCGGCUCUCCAGUGCAUGGUGCUAAUCUUCUAGGUUAUGCUUAUGGCACAGCAAGAGGAAUGGCACCAGGAGCAAGAAUUGCAGCAUACAAAGUAUGUUGGACUGGUGGAUGCUUCAGCUCAGAUAUUCUAUCAGCUGUUGACAGAGCUGUGGAUGAUGGAGUUGAUGUCCUAUCCAUCUCUUUGGGUGGUGGAGUCUCCUCUUACUACCGUGAUAGUUUAUCUGUAGCCUCAUUUGGAGCAAUGGAGAAAGGUGUUUUUGUUUCAUGCUCUGCUGGAAAUGCAGGACCUGACCCUGUGAGCCUCACAAAUGUGUCACCUUGGAUCACCACAGUUGGAGCAAGCACAAUGGAUAGAGAUUUUCCUGCAGAUGUUAGUCUUGGAAAUGGAAGAAAGAUAACCGGAACCUCACUCUACAAAGGGAGAAGCAUGCUCUCAGUUAAGAAACAAUACCCUUUAGUAUACAUGGGAGAUACUAACUCAAGCAUCCCUGAUCCAAAAUCUCUGUGCUUGGAAGGUACAUUGGAUCGUAGAAUGGUUUCAGGCAAGAUUGUUAUUUGUGACAGAGGCAUAAGUCCAAGAGUGCAGAAGGGUCAAGUGGUGAAAAAUGCAGGAGGGGUGGGAAUGAUUCUCAUAAACACUGCAGCCAAUGGAGAGGAGCUGGUUGCUGAUUGUCACCUCCUUCCAGCAGUUGCAAUUGGAGAGAAAGAAGGAAAAGAGCUCAAACACUAUGUGUUAACAAGUAAAAAAAAAGCUACUGCAACUCUAGGUUUUCGUGCCACAAGGUUGGGAGUUAGACCAUCUCCUGUAGUGGCAGCAUUUUCGUCAAGAGGGCCUAAUUUUCUCACCCUUGAGAUUCUGAAGCCUGAUGUGGUGGCUCCUGGUGUGAACAUUCUUGCUGCUUGGAGUGAGGCAAUUGGUCCAUCAAGUUUGCCAACAGAUCACAGAAGGGUGAAGUUCAACAUACUCUCAGGAACUUCAAUGUCAUGUCCUCAUGUGAGUGGCAUUGCUGCUUUGCUCAAGGCUAGGCAUCCAGAUUGGAGUCCUGCAGCCAUAAAAUCAGCUUUGAUGACCACUGCUUAUGUUCAUGACAAUACCAUCAAGCCUCUCAGAGAUGCCUCAAAUGCUGAAGCCUCAACUCCUUAUGAUCAUGGUGCUGGACACAUCAACCCUAGAAGAGCUCUUGAUCCAGGUUUGGUCUAUGAUAUUCAGCCACAGGACUACAUUGAAUUCCUGUGCUCACUGAAGCUGACUACAUCUGAGCUUGGAGUUUUUGCUAAGUAUUCAAACAGAACUUGCAGGCACUCUCUUUCAAGUCCAGGGGACUUGAACUAUCCAGCCAUAUCUGUAGUUUUUCCACUGAAAAAUUCCACUUCUGUUUUGACAGUUCACAGAACUGCCACCAAUGUUGGCCUUCCAGUUUCCAAGUACCAUGUUGUGGUUUCAUCUUUUAAAGGCGCUUCCGUUAAGGUUGAGCCAGACACCUUGAGUUUUACCAGAAAAUACCAGAAAUUAUCUUACAAAGUUACCUUCACAACACAAUCUCGCCAAACAGAACCUGAAUUUGGAGGUCUGGUGUGGAAGGAUGGUGUGCAGAAGGUGAGGAGUGCAAUUGUUAUAACGUAUCUGCCACCAAUAUGAAAACUUCACUUGGGACUACGUAUAACUUAAGCAGUAUUUCUUUUUUUUUUUUCUUUUUUUUUUUUUUUGCAAUAAGCAAAAUUUUCUGUACUAUGAAGUGUACGCAUUUUUAUUACAGGAAAAAUGCUGGAUAUUAUCUGCUUUCAAUAACGAUCUUGCAUGCUUCUUGUUGCAUCUUAGAACUGAAUUAGCAUAAUUUGCCCCAUUUAUGCAAUUCAUGUGCAGAUUCAAGUUGCAGACUGCUUAAAAUUAAGGAUCAACAAAAUGGAUUUUGUA